AUGAAGCCAUUCACUCUACCCCCCGUGGACAGUCGAAUUGUUGCUGUACUUGGUGGAGGAGUCCUCGGACGACGCAUUGCCUGUGGUUGGGCCGCAAGCGGAUAUGAUGUUAUUAUUCGUGAUCCAAGUCCUGAACAGAGGGUAGCAGCUGUGGAAUACUGCAACAACAGCAUGUCAGAAUAUUCAGACUCUCAAAUCAGAGGAUCUGUACAAGCCGUUGAAGACCUCCCUGAGGCUGUUGGAAAGGCCUGGCUGGUCAUCGAGGCUGUUCCAGAGAAGCUCCCUAUCAAGAUUGCGACAUUUGCCGAUCUAGAACGGCUCACAUCGGAGGACACAAUUCUUUGUAGCAAUUCAUCCUCCUACAAAUCCAGAGAGAUGGUUGGGGAUCUACGACCUGACACAAAGCGACGCGUCCUGAAUAUGCACUACUACAUACCCCCGCAGUAUCGUGUCGUCGAACUCAUGACAGACGGGGAGACGGACGAGACCAUCUUUCCGUUUUUAUAUGAGAAACUUGAAGAGAUAAAAUUCCAUCCCUAUGUGGCUCGCAAAGAGUCAACUGGUUUCAUCUACAACCGUCUUUGGGCGGCCAUAAAGAGAGAAGUUUUGAACAUUCUUGCCGAGGGCGUCUCCACCCCCGAGGAGAUCGAACGUCUCUGGAAGGAAAUGUGGUAUGCCAAAGAGAUGGGGCCUGUGGCUAUGAUGGAUACAGUUGGUCUUGACACAGUGUCUUUCAUCGAGCAGCACUACAUUGCAGAGCGGGGUUUGCCAAAUACUCCUGUUGAUUUUCUUCAGAAAUACAUCGAUGAGGGCAAGCUUGGUGCAAAGUCGGAUAAGGGUGGAUUGCUACCGUAA